AUGAGUAGAAUUAGAGUGCUGGACAAUUUGAAGGAAAUGAUCCUGGACGUGUUAGAUUGGUACAAAUACGCAACGCUGAAGCAGCAGCACCUUACCAUGAUGUUUACAGGAGGAGUUCUAGGAUUGGUUACGGGCAGAAUUCAGCGAAAACGACGCAUAAAGGCUGGCGAAUUCAGUAAAGACUUUGAAAUUGUGGGCUAUAAUGUGAAAAAUGAAUCGGAGUUUGAAAGGAACUGGACAAAGUUGGCGAGACUGGCACAAAAACAGCCUGGAUACAAGUAUACGAAACUGUACAAGGCUGUGUAUAUGGACAAGUCGCCAGUCCAUUAUUUUAAGUUGAGGUUGUGGAGAAACAAAGAUGAUAUGAUUAAGUUCAGAAAUUCGCCUGAAUACCAGGAGCUUAGGAAAAAAAUCGACGAUAAUGCCACGGAGGUCCAGUUUGGAACUACGAGUGUAGUUUUGGACGACUCCAUUAGAAGGGAAAUACCUUACACGAAUUUUUAUAUUUGGUAG